GUGUCACGUCUUUGUGUUGACAUAACAGUUUAUUAUUAAUCAAUAAUGACGACACUUGCAUCUAAAAUUGAAUUCCAUGAAUUUUGUCAUUUAUUAGAAGAAAUUUUGAAAGCGCAAUCAAAAAAUAAAAUAAAAAUACUGACAGAUUUUUUAAAUAAAUGCCGGGAAAUAGGAAAAAAAUUAAAAGAUGAAAAUCCUGAUGCUGACAUUUCAUUAUUUCCAAUAAUGAGAUUGUUAUUAGUAAAUAAAGAUCAUGAACGAGGACCGUAUGGUUUAAAAGAAAAAUCAUUAGGAAAUUUGUAUGUAAGAAUUUUUUGUCUAGGUAAUUCUGAUGAUGCAAAAAAUAUUAUUAACUACAGAUUACCAACAGAACAAAAAGUACAAACUAAUGAUUUUGCUGAAAAGGUUUACUGGACAUUGAAACGCAGGCUUAGAAAUGCCUGCAAGUUAUCAAUUGAACAGAUUAAUUUUGUACUAGACAAAAUUGCUGAAAGCAAUAGACAGAACAAGAGCAAAGAUAGCGAAUUUAUAUACUUGGUACAGCAAUGUGGUGCUUUGGAGGUCAAAUGGUUGACGAGGAUCAUAUUGAAGAGUAUCAGAAUCGGACUCGGUGAAAAACAAAUUCUCAAUGCGUACCACGAGGACGCAGAAUCAUUCUUCGGCGAACAAUCAAACUUGCGCGAAGUCUGUGAUGUUCUUUAUAACCUAAAAUAUCGGAUAAAAAAAACUUCAAACAUAUCAGUUCUCUCGCCUUUUAAGCCCAUGCUUCUCGAGCGCCUCAGCAUCGACAGACUUCCUGAGCUCUUUGUCAACUGUCCCGAGUACGUGGUCCAAACAAAAUUUGACGGUGAGCGCAGCCAGCUGCACAUGAUGAACAAUAAGUACAAGUACUACACCCGCCAUGGUUAUGACGUAACCAACCAUCCUAGUUAUGGCGAGUCUCCCGCUUCUGGUUACCUGACCUCCAAAAUAUCUGGCCUCCUAAGCCCGUCAUGCAGCUCAAUAAUCCUCGAUGGCGAGCUAAUGGGCUGGCACAAAGAAAAGUCUUGUUUCGGAUCAAAAGCCAUGUCCUUUGAUGUUAAAAAAUUGACUUUCAAAAGUGUCUUCCAGCCUUGUUUGAUGGUCUUCGACAUAGUUCUCUACAACGACCAACUUACUGUAAACUUGCCUUUAAAAGAGCGCCUGAAAAUUCUAGAAACCGCUUUCACUCCCAAAGAUGGCGUCCUGAUGCGCAGUAAAAAUACUUCCGUAACCCGCGUAGACGAAAUUCUUGAAAUUUUCAACCAAAGUCUAGACAAAGCCGACGAAGGAAUCGUCUUAAAAGAUUCUUCAGGAGUUUACAAACCAAAUUCACGGGAAGGGAACAAAUGUUACAAACUAAAGGCCGAGUAUUCAAAUAAUUUAGUUGAGGACAUUGACCUUCUGAUAGUUGGAGGUUAUUACGGCCAAGGAAAACAUUCUGGAAUGUACAGCAGCUUCUUGGUAGCACUGGUAGUUCCUGGGGCCAAUGAAGCCUCGCAGAUUUUUAAAUCAGUCGUCAGUGUCAGCACCGGGAUAACUGGAGACAAAUUAAAGGAACUGAACAACCGAUUCGCUGAUCACUGGACCUCCGAACGACCCACUAAUGUCGUAGGCCCGAAAAAGGAUCCACCGGACUCCUGGUUACCGCCAGAAAAAUCACUGGUGCUGCAGAUCAGGGCUACUGAGCUCAUCAGAUGCGACACCCAGCCUACGGGCUACACCCUGAGGUUUCCGAGAGUCAAAUUAAUUCGGGAUGACAAACCCUGGUAUGACGCAUGCACGAUAACAGAAUUCAAGAGCUUGAUUAAGAACUGGGGGCCGGUUAAUAAGUUGACUAAGCGGCAUGCCAACGAAGAAGAUUUAAAAUCUUUGGGAACUUCCAAGCGCAGGGAAACGGAAAGUAAAUUUACUAAGCCUGUGAGAAUGGACGAGAAACAUUUUGGGGUCAGGGCUGCUGACGUUGAGCGCCAGACCCGAUUAAUGGAGGGUAGAGAGUUCUGUGUGAUUAAUGGAGAGCUUGAUAAUCAUGCAGGUGGCGUUGUUUUAACGAAAGAAAAUAUUGAAAUUAUUUUACUACAGCAUUCAGCGAAAGUUGUUCAGAAUCCGGGAAAAAAUACUUUCUGCGUAAUCGUAGGGAAUUCCGAAACAAUGAAAGCUGUUAAUUUAAUUAAUUCGGGUAAGUAUGAUAUUGUAAAAACAUGCUGGCUAAAAAGAGCGACGAUUGAAGAAAAUUGGGGUAAAUUGGUUGAUUGGUUUCCUUGGGAAAUGCUGGCGAUGCGCAAAGAAACCAAGGAACGAUUGGGGAAAGAUUAUGAUAUUUAUUGGGACAGUUAUUUUAUGCAUGCUGAUGAUGAAAGUUUGAAAAGGUCUUUAGAUAGAGUAGAUAAAUUUGCUGAAGAAAAAGUAUUCGAGCAAGAAGACUACGAGGAUUUGGAUAAAGAGUUUUGUAAUUUGGAGGUUAGACUCUUUGAGCGCGUGGUCGGCCAUUUUGUUGACGAUCACUGGCUUAAAAGACCUUUUUUGUUUAUGAAAGGAACGAUAAGUGAGAAUAUUGAUGAGUUUACUACUCAUGUUUUUGUGGGAGACGUUUUUAAUAGAAUUGAUAUCUAUAAAAAAAUUAAUGACUCUGGUAAAACUUUUAUUAAAGUUCUCAACAGGAUGUGGGUCAAAGAUUGUUUUGAUAGAGGAUCUUUGUUACCAGAAAUAGAUUAUAUUGUUCAAUAAAGUUGUUAUUUUUAUACCUAA